AUGCCCCUUCUGGGAAAAGCCUGGCCAAAGAAGGUAAGAAAGCAUUUGGCGCGAAAUGACCCAAAAGAGGUCACUUUACUCCUUAUUGAGGUCGGAUACCACCCAAACGAGCCAAUCGGAGCAGAGGUGGGAGCAGAAAAUUGCCAUAUCGCGCCCAGGAAAGUGUGUUCUUGGCUACCAAGAUCGCCCUCAGCUAGCCUCCAAAAAGCUGGUUUGAAGAAUCCCUUGAUGGGUUCAUUAUCUGGUUGUUUAUUUCCCUUUACUUCCGACUCUUGCGCGGAUUCGUGCAGGACAUCAUCAAGCAGGCAUACUCUCCUGCCAUCCUCCACAAAUUGCAAUUUUGCAAAGGUGCACAAAAAAACCAUCACUUCUCAGAAUGGCUAA